UCUGAUAGAUCUCUCUCCAAAUCCUAAACAAUGAGCCACCGGCAACCUCCACGGCCGGCGGCGCGUGAACAAAUUCCUAUAGAUGAAGAACCUUACAACAUAAUUCCAAUACACAACCUCUUAGCUGACCACCCAUCUCUCCGUUACCCCGAAGUACGCGCCGCCACUUCGGCUCUACGCGCCGUCGGAGACCUCCGGCGACCUCCAUUCUCACCAUGGAAACCUCAUUAUGACCUCCUUAAUUGGCUGUCACUUUUCUUCGGUUUUCAAGAAUCUAACGUACGUAACCAACGUGAACACAUUGUUCUUCACCUCGCUAAUGCUCAGAUGCGUGUUUCUCCACCACCUGACAACAUUGACUCUCUUGACCCCACCGUACUACGUCGUUUUCGCCGUAAACUGUUAAAAAACUACUCUUCUUGGUGUUCUUUUUUGGGUCUUAAAUCCAAUGUUUGGCUUUCCGACAGACAUAAUCCUUCCGACCACCGUCGUGAAUUGCUUUAUGUUUCGCUUUAUUUGCUUAUUUGGGGGGAAUCAGCGAAUUUACGGUUUGUUCCUGAAUGUUUGUGUUAUAUUUUUCAUAAUAUGGCUAUGGAAUUGAACAAGAUUUUGGAGGAUUAUAUUGAUGAGAAUACUGGUAGGCCAUUUUUGCCAUCGAUUUCGGGUGAGAAUGCGUUUUUGGAUCGGGUUGUUAAGCCUAUUUAUGAUACGAUUAAAGCUGAGGUUGAUAAUAGUAGGAAUGGUACUGCCCCACAUUCGGAUUGGAGGAAUUAUGAUGAUAUUAAUGAGUAUUUUUGGACUAAGAGGUGUUUUGACAAGUUGAAGUGGCCUAUUGAUAUUGGGAGUACGUUUUUCGUGACUACUAAUAUGGGAAAGAAGGUUGGGAAGACGGGGUUUGUUGAGCAGAGAUCGUUUUUGAAUUUGUUUAGGAGUUUUGAUAAGUUGUGGAUUAUGUUGGCGUUGUUUUUGCAAGCUGCAAUAAUUGUAGCUUGGGAGGGGAAGGAGUAUCCGUGGCAGGCGUUGAAGAGUAGGAAGGUUCAGGUGAAGGUGUUGAGUAUAUUCUUUACGUGGAGCGGGAUGAGGUUUUUGCAGUCGAUUCUUGAUGCGGGGAUGCAGUAUAGUCUCAUCUCGAGGGAGACACCGAUGCAUGGGGUGAGAAUGGUGUUGAAGAGUGUGGUUGCAGCAGUGUGGAUUUUGGUGUUUGGUGUGUUUUAUGGGAGGAUUUGGACCCAGAGGAAUAAUGAUGGGGAUUGGACCAAUGCUGCUAACAAGAGGGUGGUGAAUUUUCUUGAGGUUGCUCUUGUUUUCGUUGCUCCAGAACUGUUAGCACUGGCGCUAUUUAUUCUGCCAUGGGUCAGGAAUUUUCUCGAGAACACGAAUUGGAGGAUAUUUCAUCUGUUUACAUGGUGGUUCCAGAGUAGGACGUUUGUGGGUCGUGGACUUAGGGAAGGCCUUGUUGAUAACAUAAAGUAUUCCCUCUUUUGGGUGGUAGUGCUUGCAACCAAAUUUUGCUUCAGUUACUUCCUACAGAUCAAACCUAUGAUUGUUCCAACAAAAGCACUGUUGCGCCUUAGGGGUGUGAAGUACGAAUGGCAUGAAUUCUUUAGCCAUAGCAACAGGUUCUCUGUGGGAUUGCUUUGGCUUCCAGUUGUUCUGAUUUAUCUUAUGGAUAUUCAGAUAUGGUACUCAAUCUACUCUUCCUUUGUUGGAGCGGCGGUUGGAUUAUUUGAUCACUUGGGGGAGAUAAGAAACAUGCCACAGUUAAGGUUGAGAUUUCAAUUUUUCGCAAGUGCAAUGCAGUUUAAUCUGAUGCCAGAAGAGCAGUUGCUGAAUGCCCAAGGAACGAUAAAAAGCAAGAUCAAGGACGCCAUUCUCCGUUUGAAACUCAGAUAUGGGUUUGGUCGGCCAUUCAAAAAGCUUGAAUCGAACCAGGUAGAGGCGAACAAAUUUGCCUUGAUUUGGAAUGAGAUAAUUAGAACUUUCAGAGAAGAAGAUCUUCUGAAUGACCGUGAGGUUGAGUUGUUGGAGCUGCCCGAGAACACGUGGAAUGUUAGAGUGAUUCGUUGGCCAUGUUUGCUCCUCUGCAAUGAGGUGCUGCUUGCUCUCAGCCAGGCAAAGGAGCUGGUGGAUGCUCCUGAUACGUGGCUCUGGCAUAAGAUCAGCAAGUAUGAGUACAGGCGAUGUGCUGUUAUUGAGGCUUAUGACAGUACGAGACAUUUUCUGCUGGAAAUUGUCAAAACGAACAGCGAGGAACACUCCAUCAUAACAACCUUCUUUCAGCAGAUUGAUCAGUGGAUUCAGCUGGAGAAGUUCACAAAAUACUACAAUCUAACUGCUCUGCCCCAGAUCCGUGGAAAGUUGAUUGCUCUUCUAGAUCUAAUACUCAAGCCAAAAAAGGACGUUGACAAGAUUGUGAAUGUUCUCCAGGCCUUAUAUGAGGUUGCCACUCGGGAUUUUCUGAAAGAGAAUAUGACUGGAGAUCAGCUGAGAGAGGAAGGUCUGGCUCUUCAGGCCUCUGCGACUAAAUUGCUUUUUGAGAAUGUGCUUUCAUUGCCAAAUCCAGAGAAUGAGACAUUUUAUCGGCAGGCUCGCCGCUUAAACACUAUUCUUACAUCUCGGGACUCUAUGAGUAAUAUUCCGAAAAAUCUUGAGGCGAGACGCCGACUUGCCUUCUUUAGCAAUUCUCUAUUUAUGAACAUGCCACAUGCGCCCCAAGUUGAGAAAAUGAUGGCUUUCAGUGUUUUGACUCCUUACUACAAUGAGGACGUACUGUACAACAAGGAACAACUUAGAACUGAGAAUGAAGAUGGGGUUUCUACUUUAUAUUACUUGCAGACUAUUUAUGCUGAUGAGUGGGAAAAUUUCUUGCAGCGAAUGCGUAGAGAAGGAAUGGUUGAUGAGAAGAAAGAGUUAUGGACAACGAAGCUAAGAGAUCUUCGUCUUUGGGCAUCGUACAGAGGGCAGACUCUUACUCGCACAGUUAGGGGGAUGAUGUACUACUAUCAAGCUCUCAAAAUGCUGGCCUUUCUGGAUUCUGCAUCUGAGAUGGAUAUCAGAGAAGGAUCAGUGGAGCUUGGUUCUAUGAGGCGUGAUGGUAGCAUUGAUGGUUUAGGCUCAGAAAGGUCUCCGUCUUCGAGGGGUUUGAGCAGAGCUGACAGUUCAGUGAGUUUGUUGUAUAAAGGCCACGAGUAUGGGACUGCUUUAAUGAAAUUCACAUACGUGGUAGCUUGUCAGAUAUAUGGUACUCAGAAGGCCAAAAAGGAUCCGCAUGCAGAGGAAAUUUUGUAUCUGAUGAAAAAUAAUGAAGCUCUUCGUGUAGCUUAUGUUGAUGAGGUUCCCACAGGAAGGAAUGAGAAGGAUUAUUAUUCUGUGCUUGUGAAGUAUGAUCAAAAGCUUGAAAGGGAAGUUGAGAUCUAUCGAGUUAAGUUGCCUGGUCCCUUGAAGCUUGGGGAGGGAAAACCAGAAAAUCAGAACCAUGCCUUUAUCUUUACCCGUGGUGACGCAGUUCAGACUAUCGACAUGAACCAAGAUAAUUACUUCGAGGAGGCACUGAAAAUGAGGAACUUGUUGGAAGAAUUCAAACGCUACUACGGUAUUCGCAAGCCUACAAUUCUUGGAGUUCGGGAACAUAUAUUUACUGGUUCUGUUUCAUCCCUUGCUUGGUUCAUGUCAGCUCAGGAAAUGAGUUUUGUAACCCUCGGACAGCGUGUAUUAGCCAACCCCCUGAAAAUCCGAAUGCAUUAUGGACAUCCAGAUGUCUUUGACAGGUUUUGGUUUCUAACACGGGGAGGAAUAAGCAAGGCAUCUAGAGUGAUCAACAUCAGCGAGGACAUUUUUGCUGGCUUCAACUGUACACUACGAGGUGGCAAUGUCACUCACCACGAGUACAUACAAGUUGGCAAAGGAAGGGAUGUUGGGUUGAAUCAAAUAUCUAUGUUUGAAGCCAAGGUUGCCAGUGGCAAUGGUGAACAAGUUCUUAGCAGAGAUGUCUAUAGGUUGGGUCAUAGGCUGGAUUUCUUCAGAAUGCUUUCUUUCUUUUAUACAACUGUAGGAUUUUUCUUCAAUACAAUGAUGAUUGUCCUCACUGUAUAUGCAUUCUUAUGGGGACGACUUUACCUUGCACUUAGUGGGAUUGAGGAUUCUGUUGCUGGAGAUACCACUAACAACAAAGCACUUGGUGCCAUACUGAACCAGCAAUUUAUCAUCCAGCUGGGUCUUUUCACUGCGUUACCAAUGAUUGUGGAGAAUUCUCUUGAGCAUGGUUUUCUUACAUCUAUCUGGGAGUUUCUAACAAUGAUGCUUCAACUUUCAUCUGUAUUUUACACAUUCUCAAUGGGAACUCGUGCUCAUUACUUUGGUCGUACUAUUCUUCAUGGUGGCGCAAAGUACCGGGCUACUGGGCGUGGUUUUGUCGUGCAGCACAAGAGUUUUGUUGAGAAUUAUCGGUUAUAUGCUCGUAGUCAUUUUACAAAGGCAAUUGAACUUGGUCUGAUACUUACAGUGUAUGCUGGAUACAGCCCUGUUGCUAAAGGAACUUUUACAUAUAUAGCACUGACUAUCUCAAGUUGGUUCCUGGUGGUGUCAUGGAUCUUGGGGCCCUUUUUGUUUAAUCCUUCUGGGUUUGAUUGGUUAAAGACAGUGUAUGAUUUUGAUGACUUUAUGAAUUGGAUAUGGUACCGUGGUAGUGUUUUUGCAAGGUCAGAACAGAGCUGGGAAAAAUGGUGGGAGGAGGAACAGGAUCAUUUAAGAACGACAGGUCUGUGGGGAAAGAUACUGGAAAUUAUCCUAGACCUUCGCUUCUUCUUUUUCCAGUAUGGCAUUGUAUAUCAGCUGGGUAUUGCUGCUGGAAGCAGAAGCAUUGCUGUUUACUUGCUUUCCUGGAUUUAUGUGGUGGUGGCUCUUGGCUUUUUUAAUAUUACGGCUUAUGCUCGGGAAAAAUAUGCUGCAAGGGAGCACAUAUACUUUCGUCUUGUGCAGCUCCUUGCUGUGGUCUUUUUCAUAGUCGUACUUGUUGCUUUGCUGCAGUUCACGGCUUUUAGAUUUGGUGAUCUGUUCGUCAGCCUGUUGGCUUUCAUUCCUACUGGUUGGGGUUUCAUUUCAAUCGCCCAAGUGUUACGUCCCUUUUUGCAAAACACCAUGAUAUGGGGAACCAUUGUGUCUGUGUCACGACUAUAUGAGAUAAUGUUUGGGAUUAUUGUCAUGGUACCUGUGGCAGUACUGUCUUGGUUGCCUGGUUUCCAACCAAUGCAGACAAGGAUCCUAUUCAAUGAUGCAUUUAGUAGAGGUCUGCGGAUAUUCCAGAUUGUGACGGGAAAAAAACCUAAGAGCGAUGUAUGAUUUUGAGGAUUCACUGGAACAUAUAGUAUGUGGUCUCCAUGUACUUCAAUGAUCACUAUACAUGUGACAAUUAAGGCACGGGAUGAACAUUAAUUUAAUGUGAAGUAGUAGAUACAGUACAGAGUUUGAGAGGCUAGGAGGUUAAUUUUUUAUUUUUAUUUUUUAUUGUAGAGCUUGUAGUGUGAAUUAUACUGUGUACUUGGAUUACUAUUAGUUUGGUUGAAGCAGCAGACACUACUGACGAGUUUUCAUCAAAGAUUCAUCUUUUGUAAUUGUUGUUGUAUUCAGAUGUUUUGUUAUACUAGUGCACAGAUGAGGAGCAUUAUCUUAUUACUUGUAGAACCCCCAAAAUUCAUUUUGCACUGUUCUUUGAGUUUCUACUGUGAGCAAAGUGUAAGUGUAGUAGCAAUUCCUUAUGUAUUAAAUGCAUUUCUCAAACGUUUUUGUAUUAUUAGUUUCCUUUGUACUUGUUCUAGAUAGAAGCUAUAGCCAUUUCUCCUUUCUUUGAUA